UGGACAUAUUCCAUGCACCUUCCAUUCAUGGUGUAAUGAUGUGAGUAAUAGCCUGCUGAUGUUAACGGCGCCCUACAAUAGGACCUUUUUAUCUGAUGGAGGCGACACAGACAGAAGUGUGAUGUGACCCGGCUGCUCGUGUCCACGCCGGACGAGGACCUCUUCGACCCGCUGGAUGUCAUUUCCUCCCAAAAGCUGUUUGGCCAGAGGGAGCUUAUGUUGUCUCACAGCAGCUUGCCAUUGUAUUAAUUAUUGUCAGGGAAUCCAAGGGGUGUAGAUAAUACAGAAUGCACUGGUUGGUCCCAUUUGUUUCACUUGUCAGUGGAGUGAAUAAUUGGGAGUGCUGACCAUAUUAGACACGGAGAAUUUCUAAACAUUACGACCCACAAAAAAAAAAAGUCCGUUUGGAAAAUGAGAACGCUUAAUGUCUGAGAAUUUCUCAAAUCAGUAUGGAAUAAUAAUUUGCCGGCUUCCCCGUUGCCAAAGGAAUUCACUGAAGUUUAACUCGACGGUAAUUUCCGACGCACGGUGAAACAUACAGCGUGAGGCUGCUGUGCCGAAUUAGAGAACCCUUGUUUAUUAUCGCGUUUGACGUUUUAUUUAGAGAGCAGACGCGUUUCACCAAACUUUUAAAGACACGCCGCGUGUGCUUUUCAGGUCAGUGUGUGACAUAUUUUCUGCACCCCGACUUCCGUCUGUAAAGGUUUCAGAACAUUGAUGCCGUUUCAGGAGAAGGGGGCUGCUAAUACAAUGGGGCUCAUCUUGCAAUUCUCCCAAGGAAUAACUAUCAGUCCUGCUACAGCGGCUUCAGCGUCCCCAGGUGACCGCGCCACUGAGCCCGGGCUCGCUCCGCCGCACCCCGCUCCACGCCUGCUGCCACCCUGAAGCACGGUGGCGGGCCACUUGCGGGUCUCCGGGUCGACCGCCGCACAGCCCUCCCCCUCCGGACUCUCCCUCAGAUUGAAGUAUCGCUGCGAGUUCCUUUGUGUCAAAGCUGCUCUCAGGAGAUGACACACUGGUGCACCCUCGGCCUCACAGACAGGUUUCAACCCCUUUGUGAGCUGCAGGCCUGCAGCUGGACCUCAGGUCGGGGAGAUGAAGCGAUGAGACGACAGACAACAGUCGAGGAGAGAACCCGGCACGUCAUGGUAGACUUGUUGUUUGAGAACUUUACAUCACUUUGGAAAGCACCAGCUCCCCUCUCACACACUCAGACACACACAGUUCUUGUGUUAAUUCAGAAGAACAAAUGAUCAGCGUCAACAAAUAGCCUGGAAAUAGUGACUUUACGAGUUGGGAGUACACCGUAGACUUUAAAGGAGAGGAAAAAAAGAAGAAAAAAAAGGAGAACAAAGAAUUGGAAGAAAAAAAUCCACGUGAGAUAAUUGGGAUCCUGAAGCUUACUUUCUUUUUUGUGUGUGUGUGGUCAAGGGCUGAAGUCAGGUAAGUUUGGCUGCUCUCAUCGUUUAGUUGUGACGGCGCGUUUAACGACAACGGUGCCGCGCGCUCGCGUCUCAAGUUUACACCGCGUUGCCCUCCUUCGCGGAGAGGGAAAUAUUUUUUUUUAGCGAUGCACAUAUCGCACUUAACUUUGCCGAAAGCUUGCAGGUUUUUUGCGGAAUAUUGUGUGUCGCUCGUCGCGACGCCGCCGCUCGACCCAGGUAGGCUAACGGCGCGCGAGCGCGUCCGCACCGGCUGGCUCGGCGGCUCGGGAGGGAGAACUAAUUGCUUUUGUCUGUUGUUGUGUGUAUGACUCUUUGUAAAUCUGUGCGAGGUGUAAUGUCCUCAUUGUGCGGGGUGUGUUGUGUGUGCGUGUAGCAAAGACGGGAGAAGGGACGGGGAAGUGUUUGGGGCUGAACGCUGCAUGAUAUCCGCCACCGCGUGUGUCUCUCUCUCUCGCUCUUUCCCCCCCGUUUCCGACAACUUCUGCCGCGUCGCCUAGCAGGAAAAGCGCCGCAGCAGCAGCACUCGUGUCCUCGCUGUCGUUUCCCGACAAGCGCCCUUCAGAAAAAAAAAACCUCUCACCAGCCUCCAUUUAAAUCGCCCCCCUCGAGCUCGACAAUGCGCGCGAGGCGGCGCGCGGCGACGCGACCCGCUGCGGCUUUUGUUUGUUGCUCUACGACGCACGAGCUCAAAGUUGAAAGAGCGACCCGAAAAGCCGCCGCCGCGUUGGACGUCGAUGCAUUUCACCGGCUGGCAUGGCGUGAUGAUGUUGGUUCUCUCUCUCCCCCCCACCCCUCCCCUCCACCCCCUCGCCGGACGGGGAAGAGAUCUGUUCAAUAUACUUCACUCCAGAAAAAUCGUUUUUUCUUCUUCUACUUCUUCAUGUUUUUUCUAAUCGUUGACCGAUCGCGACCGCGGGCUGCAUGUGUUGUGCAACGUUCUACGACCUGAGGUAAACGGCUCUGGUUGGUGUGUUUGUCGCCUAGGUGGCGUUCGCAGUCAGGAAGUCAUGUCCAGAUCGGGUGAUAGAACAUCCACCUUUGACCCGACACACAGUGACACCCUGCUGCACGGGCUCAACCUCUUAUGGAGAAAGCAGCUGUUCUGUGACGUGACUCUCACCGCCCAGGGGCAGCAGUUCCACUGCCACAAAGCGGUGCUGGCGGCCUGCUCCCAGUAUUUCCGAUCCCUCUUCUCCUGCCACAAUGUGAUCCACAAGAAGGGGAGCAAAGGGGACCAGGGCAGCAGCGGGACCCCGUCGUCCUCGCCCGACGACAAGCCGGUGACCCCCAGCGCCAGGCCCAUCAAUAACCUGGUCCUCCAGGGCUGCUCCUCCAUUGGACUACGAUUAGUGCUGGAGUACCUGUACACGGCCAACGUGACUCUCUCCCUGGACACCGUGGAGGAGGUGCUGUCGGUCAGCAAGAUCCUCAACGUGCCCCAGAUCACCAAGCUCAGCGUGCAGUUCCUCAACGACCAGAUCUCGGUGCAGAACUACAAGCAGAUCUGCAAGAUCGCCGCCCUGCACGGCCUGGACGAGACCAAGAAGCUGGCCAACAAGUACCUGGUGGAGGACGUGCUGCUGCUGAACUUCGAGGAGGUGUGCGCCAUGCUGGACGCCCUGCCGCCCCCGGUGGAGUCCGAGCUGGCGCUCUUCCAGAUGUCGGUCCUCUGGCUGGAGCACGACCGGGAGGCUCGCACGCGCCACGCGCCGGACCUCAUGAAGAGGCUGCGCUUCGCCCUCAUCCCGGCGCCAGAGCUGGUGGAGAGGGUGCAGUCCGUCGACUUCAUGAGGACUGACCCCGUGUGCCAGAAGCUGCUCAUGGACGCCAUGAACUAUCACCUGAUGCCCUUCAGGCAGCACUGCAGGCAGACCACGGCCAGCAGAAUCCGUUCCAAUAAGAGGAUGCUGUUACUGGUGGGCGGUCUGCCCCCUGGACCCGAUCGUCUCCCCAGCAAUUUGGUCCAGUACUACGACGACGAGAAAAAGACAUGGAAGAUCCUCACAAUAAUGCCUUACAACAGCGCCCAUCACUGCGUGGUGGAGGUGGAGAACUUCCUGCUGCUGCUGGGCGGAGAGGAUCAGUGGAACCCAAACGGAAAGCACAGCACUCAUUUCGUGAGCCGCUACGACCCCAGAUUCAACAGCUGGAUCCAGUUGCCUCCGAUGCAGGAGAGGAGAGCCAGUUUCUUCGCCUGCCGCAUGGAUAAGCUGCUGUACGUGAUCGGCGGCAGAAACGAGACCGGCUACCUCUCCAGCGUGGAGUGCUACAACCUGGAGACCAACGAGUGGAACUACCUGUCGUCUCUGCCGCAGCCGCUGGCCGCUCACGCAGGAUCCGUGCACAACGGCAAGAUCUACAUAUCAGGAGGCGUUCACAACGGAGAGUACGUGUCGUGGCUCUACUGCUACGACCCCGUAAUGGACGUGUGGGUGCGCAAACAGGACAUGAACACAAAGCGCGCCAUUCACGCCCUGGCCGGGAUGAACGACCGCCUGUACGCCAUCGGCGGGAACCAUUUGAAAGGUUUCUCCCAUCUAGACGUGAUGUUGGUGGAGUGCUACGACCCGAAGGCCGACCAGUGGAACAUCCUGCAGACGCCCAUCCUGGAGGGCCGCAGCGGGCCGGGCUGCACCGUGUUCGGCGACAACAUCUUCCUGGUGGGGGGCUACAGCUGGAGCAUGGGCGCCUAUAAGUCUUCUACCAUCUGCUACAGCCCAGAGAAAGGGACAUGGACAGAGUUGGAGGGCGAGGUGGCCGAGCCCUUAGCCGGCCCGGCCUGCUCCACCGUCAUCCUGCCGGCCUGCCUGCCCUUCAACAAAUGACAAUUAAUCCGUCCGCGGGGCGGCAACAAGCGGCAGAGGGAGUGGGAGGAGGACCGGUGAGCCCAACACGAGGCCACGCGGCUUCUUUUGUGACAAACCCUCCGAGUCGAGACGACGACGACAGGGGGGGGGUGUAUAAAUUAUAUUUUUACAGGUUUGACCAGAGCACUUUCGUUAUUCCCUGCUGAAGGUUUGAAAAAGCAAAGAAAAAAAGAAGAAGAAGAGGAAGAAUUGCGUAACUCAUGUAUUUAAAGUCAUCCGUGUUCUGCGAAAUGGUCGGUUUUCAUGUUUUGAUUUGAUUUUUUAAAGCCGACUACGUGUUUUUUGGCUUCUCUUCUCUCGCACGCAUAGUGUUGAACCGAAUUAUAGCUUUCACAUCCGUUGUCUCGUAUUCAGUAAGAGGCGCGUCGCCAUGGAAACGCGCCGUCGUGUCACGGACAGAAAAGAAAAAAAACGGCGAUCGGCCGGAGCGGGGCCGGGCGAGCUCCGUCAGCCGCGACGAUCGCAGUGUAUAAAUAUUCUUCGUCGUAGCUCUCGUCCUCCGGGCCUCUCAUCCCGCCGUCGGAUCGUUACGCAACUGUUUUGUUGAACUUGUGCGUCUAAAUGGGGUCAAAUCCACAACAACAACAACAACAACAACAACUACAUGUUAACUGGGCCUGUUGUAGACGUGGUCCCAACACAACCAGGAGGAUUUUGUAAAAAAGACGCACUGGUCCGUGGCCCCCAGCCCUAAUUUCUUUAACUAAUUGUCUUAAUAAUUUAAACCCAGACUGAAGUCGCGUUUCUGUAAAACGUGACGAGGAAAGAAAAAAAUAUACUAAUCUUACCAAAUGUUUGCGGCGACUUUUCUUUGUGCUGCGAAAAGCGAAAACAAAUUAAAGUUGAACCGUUUUGAUUCUUCUAUCCGACGCACUGACGUUCACAUUAGUUAAAAACCACGGCGGUACAAUCAAAUUGCGACAGCUCGCCGGCGUGUUUAUGGGCCGGCGCGUUCGGGUAAACGGACGGAGAGAACGCCGUCCGCCUUUUUACGAGCGAACGCCAACCGGCCGGUUUGUGAGGCCGCGGGGGCGUCGCCCCGGACGGGGCGUUCAGACCUGUAAUGCGUGAGAAGCCGACGAGCAUACGACGGUCCUCAAUGCACUAAAAGUGGACUUUUAAAUCCAGCAAACAAAGUUCAUUCUUAUGUAAAUUAAUCAAUGUGCUGUGUUUAAAGAAAAAAAAAAGAAGAAAAAAAAGUAUCAAAUGAAUCUAAGUCCAGUCUAGUCUCCGUUAUUUACGUUAUUAGGUUGAAAAAGUCGACUCUAAAUAUCGAUGCAGUACCUGUUGGAGCCUGUAAAGACUUGUUGAUUUCAUUCUUGUACAUAAUCGCUUGCAGUGAAACAUUUUUGUGCACUCAACCUUGGAUUUAUUCUCAAAUCCUGUUAUGUCCUUUGCAUUUUAAAAUAUGAAAAUAAAUUGACUCUUGAUGAUUACAAAAACAAA